GCCGGAACAGGGAGCAACCUGCAGGCACUCAUCGACGCCACGCUGAUCGAGUCGACGGCGCUGCCUGGCGCAUACAUCUCAUUUGUCCUCUCCAACCGCAAGGCCGCGUACGGCCUCACGCGCGCCUCGACGUCCAACCCGCCGAUCCCGACCGCCGUCUCAUCGCUCAAGACGUAUCAGAGCAAGCAUCCGGGUGCGACGCGCGACGAGUACGACGUGGACCUGGCGCGCAUCAUCAUUGAUGCGCACGAUGGGCGUGCGCCAGAUCUCAUCGUGCUGGCCGGCUUCAUGCACAUCGUCUCGCCGGUAUUCCUCGCGGCUAUGGGCCAUGCUGGAGAUGGCCGCAGCAAGGCGCCAGCCUGGGCGCCGGCGCGCCCCGUGCCCAUCAUCAACCUGCACCCAGCGCUGCCGGGCGCGUUCGACGGAGCGCAGGCCAUUGAGCGCGCGUUUGCAGCCUUUCAGCGCGGCGACAUUCGCUCGACCGGAGUGAUGGUGCACGAGGUCGUCGCCGAGGUGGACCGAGGCAGCCCGGUGCUCGUGCGUGAGGUGCCCAUCGAGCGCGACGACACGCUGGCCUCGCUCGAGGAGAAAAUUCACGUGCUGGAGCAUCGCCUCAUCGUCGAGGGCACGCGUGCGAUGCUUGAC